AUGUCCGCUGCACAGCACGUUCUCCCCUCGGACUAUCCUGCUUAUGCGCCGCACCUAUUCUCCAAAUCCGUCAGGGCGUUUUUCUCCAAACGAAUAAGCAGUUUCAAUUUGGCUCCGACCACAAAUCGAACUCUUUCUAAACUGAGCAGUCCACUCCCGUCAGUCGUGGAUCGACGAUCGGCGGACCCCUAUCCAGAACCCCCCACAGAUGAUGCUCACGAGGCUCAUUUACAACAGACUUGGCUGAAACGGAGUUUCUCCCUUGUACCCGAACGUUUCGAUGGGGUUGCAACCAGUCCACGAUCCGGUCUGCCGUUGCUCGCUGAUCGUUCCAUGCUCCACUGUGAACAUUUUCUGGUUUUUGUGGCCUGUAUUUUAGUGGUUCUUGGUUUGCCAUUCUCACUUCUCUUCUGUUUACGCGUGAUUGCUCAGUAUGAGCGUGCGGUCAUUUUUCGCCUCGGUCGACUCACAUCCAAAGAGGCAUCCGGUCCAGGACUGGUUUUCACUAUCCCUUGUUUGGACACAGUAGAACGUGUCGAUUUACGCACAUACACUUUCGAUGUGCCCACCCAAGAAGUACUCACUCGGGACUCGGUCACGGUGGCUGUAAAUGCAGUGGUCUACUACCGGAUCUACGAUCCGGUUAUGUCUGUGGUGAAUGUUAAAAAUGUGAACUGUUCGACCCGACUCCUAGCCCAAACCACACUGCGUAACGUGUUAGGCACCGUCGAUAUGUGCGCGUUGCUGACUGAUCGGGAACACAUCGCCGCGCUAAUGCAAGAGACUUUAGACGCGGCAACCGAUACAUGGGGUAUGAAAGUUGAGAGGGUAGAGAUCAAAGAUGUACGAUUGCCCCUACAACUACAGCGCACUUUGGCAGCGGAAGCUGAAGCGACGCGGGAGGCCAAGGCCAAAGUGAUCGCAGCCCGCGGAGAAAAAGAAGCAUCCAGAUCGCUGAAAGAAGCAGCGAUGGAAAUCAGUCACUGUCCUGUCGCGCUUCAGCUGCGCUAUUUGCAAACAUUAAGUGGAAUUUCGGCGGAGAAAAAUUCAACCAUUAUUUUCCCCCUGCCCAUUGAAUUACUCUCCUAUUUACGUCAAAUUUGUUUUCCUUGUUUUCAUUUUGUACUCACAUACACAGCUGGACUGGUAACUCCCUCACUCUCUCUCUGA